AGCCUCCCUUUCCCCUUCCUCGCCCCAGCCGCCAUCAGCAGACAGACCUUCCUCCACAGAGCCUUUUAGAUCUGCCCCCUUGCACGGCACAAUCCCUAUGGCAACCGAGGCCGGCCACCCUGCCUGGUUCCUCACUGCCGCCGAAGGCUACGUCGGCGACCGGUCCAACGAGCGGACCGCCACAGGCUUCACGAGGAAGGGCCUGAGCAUCAAGGCGUCCUUUUUCCCCAACCGCCCGCCUCAACCAUCCAAGCUGUGGGUGCACUGCCAGGAGGCCGUGCACGUCGACACCCCCCGUGUCCUCUGCAUCGCCGGCGACCUGAUCCUCUUCCGGGUCGACAUCUCCGAUUGUGUCCCAGACAGCCGUUUCUCGAUGCGGCAGGAUUGCGACUAUUUCAUCUACCGUGCUGACCCCAAUUUGCCAGUGCUCACGCUCCUCACCGAGAUGCGCAGCCGAUGUUUUGAAGACAGAGGUUGGUAUUCUUCCCCGUGGUCUCAAGCACUACACCAUCGCUGCGCUGGUUCCUCAUCCUCUCAAGCUCCACAAUUUCCAGCUCCAUUUGUUUCACUCCGAGACAUUGAGCUGGACCACCAUGGCGCUGCCUGUGGCGGAGCCACAGCAGGACCUCGAUUGUGAGAUCCCCACUGACAGGGAUCUUCGUUGCCAUAAUACUUCCAACGUUAUCACAAUCGGUGGUGAAUAUGGGACCAUGGGCUGGGUAGAUCUCUGGCGAGGCAUCCUGUUCUGUGAUGUGCUGCGUGAGAAGCCAACUCUCAGGGGAAUACCCUUGCCGCCGCCGAUUGAAUUUAUCACCAGCAGCGAUUAUUUUGGCCGUGCAAUGGAUUGCCGAGGCAUUGCCUUCGUCAAUGGCUGUCUCAAGUUUGUCCAACUGGACAUCAUCUCCAGUUACGACAUAGACGACAUAGACCCGGAAACAGAGUAUCCAACUUUGCUCGUGGAUGACUGGGCGAUCUCCUCAUGGAUCAAUCCCACGAUGGAGAAUUCUUACGAAGCUUGGGGCGAGCCUGAAUGCACGGUCCGAGCUGCUGAGGUCACAAUCAAAACCGAUAUGAUUUCGCACUCUACUGGAAUGCUGCUGCGGCCAUCAGAUGAGAGUUCUGAUGACUCAGAAGAAGAUGCUGACUACUUACGGCACCUUGUGGUCUCUGACCCCUCUCCGAGCUUGGACGGUGAUGGUUUUGUUUACUUAAUUGCCAGGGAGAAAUUAUAUCACCCAAAGUCAUGGAUCCUUGCUCUUGACAUGAAUACCAAGACGCUUCAAAGCGCUGAUCUGUUUGGCAUCGUAGAAGACCCAAGAGAUUCUGUCAUGUAUUGCACUGGCAGGUCUUCCUCCAAUACUUGAGUUAUCCGGUGUAACCGGAGACCAUUGGCUAUCUACAGCAGGAUUAAAUUCAGCAUGAAGAUGUUUUUCUCAAGGUUGACUUGAGAAAACUUGCCCUGGUGCUGUCGGCAAUUGUCUCUGGGUCUUGCUUGACAUGUCCAUUUAUUGGUAUUUUAUUAUGUUAGAUAUAAGACAUGAUCUCCUGUGAUUUGUGGUCAACUCGCUUGAUAUGUUUGAGCAACAUAUCUCCUUGUAUUUUAUUGUGUCUUUGGUCACCAUGAUGGCGUCUGUCUUUGGUAUUAUGUUUGAACCAACUUAUAUGGAAGUAUAUGUUUGAAGAAUCCAUGUGGUUCUUUGAUCUCA